AUGGCAUCGGCCAGCCACCACCACUAUGAUAAUCCUGAGAUCGAAGACGACGACUUGAUCGACCCCGAUGAUGCGGACCUCAACGACUUCGACGACCCUCUCUCGCACGCACAAUCGCAGCGCGAGCCUCUCACAGGCAACAUCGCCUCCUCGUCCUUGUCCUCCUCUCGACCUUUAAACCAAAACUUCCUGACGUCGCGGAUCCCGGGCGAGGACCGCCGGGCGCCGCAGAACACGAUCGACGAGUCGGUGUGGGACACGCUGCGGCGCGACCUGCUCGCCGUGUGGUCCAAGAUGCGCGAGGUGCUGUGGCCGCGGUACCUGUUCGGCGGCACCAUGUUCGAGAGCGCCGACGGCCUGCGCGGCGCCUACGCCAACCUGCGCGGGGCCGGGCUCGCGGGCGCGCGCGACGAGCUCACCAGCUUGGCCGGCCGCGUCAUGGACCCCGAGAGCCUGCUCAACCAGAAUAACAUGAGCCCCGGCCUGCGCGACUGGGACCUCUGGGGCCCGCUCAUCUUUUGCCUGCUGCUGUCCGCCCUGCUGAGCUACUGCUCCGCCGAGGGCCAGAAGGAUGUCGUGUUCAGCGGGGUUUUUGCCAUCGUGUGGAUUGGCGAGGCGGUGGUUACGCUGCAGAUUAAGUUGUUGGGUGGGAAUAUCUCGUUCGCGCAAAGCGUUUGUAUCAUCGGAUACACGCUGUUCCCGCUGGUCCUCGCGUCUCUCAUGUCCGCCCUCGGCCUACCCACGAUCCCACGAAUCCCCGUCUACCUCGUGCUGGUGGCCUGGUCGCUAGCCGCGGGCGUUAGCAUCCUAGGCGGAAGCGGUGUCGUCAAAAACCGCGUUGGAAUAGCCGUUUACCCCCUAUUCGUGUUCUACCUCGGACUGGGAUGCCUAUGUUUCAUCAGCUAG